AUGGGUUGGGUACGAACGCCCCCGAGCGAGAGCGCUCGCGACGUCGCGGUCGUUCCCUUGGGAGCGACGAAGACCGUUUACUUGAUUCGACACGCCGAGGGGUUUCACAACGAGGCGGGUGAGAAGGAUCCGAGGGAGUACGGGAACGAGGCGUACGCGGACGCGCGCCUGACGCGGCGCGGAUGGGGUCAGUGCGAGCACUUUCGACGAACGAUGGAGCGGCGAGAGGCCAUGGGUAAGAUGCUCGAGCGGUGCGAGCUCGUCGUCGUGUCGCCUUUGACGCGAGCGAUGGAGACGUGCGCUGGGAUGUUCGGGACGGCUGAUGGGGAGGGAGAAGUGUUGAUGGCGCCCACGCGGGCGGUAGAGAUGAAAUCGUGCGAGCGGCCGGCGAUGAGACGGGACGAGCGGAUGUGUCGGAAAAAGAAAUUUUUGGCGCUCGAGAUGGUUCGCGAGCAAAUCGGUGGGAAUCCGUGCGACCGAAGGCGCACGAUCGAUGAGUACAGAACAGAGUUUCCUGGGAUUGACUUUUCGCUCGUUGAGGAGAAUGAGGACGUGCUUUGGAAGCCCGGGAAGGAGAACCGAGAGCCGGAGAAUGUGCUCCGUCAGCGAUGCAGGCAGUUCUUGAAUUGGUGCUUCGACAGGGAGGAAACGGACAUCAUCGUCGUCACGCACUCGGCGUUCAUGUGUAACCUCAUGGUCGAGUACUGCUUGGGGGGUCACCAACCGUGCGAGGUCGUGAAGGAGCACCUUUAUCCGUGGCCGAAGAACUGUGAGUGUCGGCCGCUGGUCAUUGUCGACACCCGGCGUGCGUCGCCUUCAAAACACCCGUUCUACCAUGCAGGAGGCGAUCCUGAACCGGAAGAGUAUGAGUUGGCGCCGCACGAGGAGUGA